AUGGACCCGAUCGUCCAUUACGCGACACGUGAGUGGCCAAAACCCCUAGCGGCCAAGAGGCCCGCUUUGGGGUAUGGCAUGUACUGCAACGUGCAGGACUGGUCCUGGACAGGCGGGGUCCCGGACAUCGAGGACUCGGUUCGGGCGGCCCUGCACCCCUCCUCAUCCGUGUGGCCCAGCACCAGACCUCUCCUUCCCUCCGAGCGGGAUAGGAUGUCUCUGGCUAUGCAUGACAGAUGUUACGCCAAUGCGGCUCAGGUCGUCGCGGUGGCGAACAACAUGGCUUUCAUCACCGGGGCCCUGGAUAGGUCUCUCUCCUCUGACCAGGCACUCAGUGGAGACACCUUUGCCCAGGCGAGGACCACUUCAGCAGCGAUCUUGCGCAUGUGCCAAGCGCUAGCUGUCGAUGGCGGCCGCUCUAUGGCAGCAGCCCAGGUCGGGGCCAGACACCUCUGGCUGGGGGCGGUGAACCUCAGAGAGGCGGAGAAGAGGCAGCUGCUGGACCUGCCCAUCUCCCAGACGUCGCUCUUCGGUCCGGAGAUGCAGACGCUGAUGACGAGGCUGGACAGCGCGGCUAAGGACUCGGCUAGCCUAGCAAAACACCUAGCUACGAGACGCGAGGCCCGCCCACCAGCGCGGAGCCGAGACAGAGGCAGGGAGCGCUCGCCUGGCAAGCGCCCCGGACCAUAUCCACGCUCCGUGGUCCAUCGUUCCCCAGCGGCGAGACCCCCGGGCCCAGACAGGCACACGGGAGGUUCGCGGGCCAACACACCCAUCGACGGCCUCCCUACGGUAGAGGAGGUCGGGGUGGUAAAAACUCUUUCAAUAAAGGCCGUCCGGCAUUUCACCAGCCUGCAGCCCCCAGAGAAGGGCGUGCAGCGCGCUGUGCAGACCACGAGCUCCGAUUCACGGGUUCAUGUCUUGCCCUCCCGGAGAGAGGGCAGGCGGAGGGAUCUGAUAAGUGCUAAUGUGUGUGCUCCGGGCGCUAGCGUGUUAGCAUCUCUGAGCUACAAGGCUAACACGGGGUUUCCCAAUCCAGGGGCUCUCCCCCCCCUCCAUGAGGCAAGAGCCAAGGGGGGGCGCAGCAGCCGUGUCACGCGUGAUGAGCAGAGCUACAUUGCUAACACGGGGUUUCCUAAUCCAGGGGCUCUUCCCCCCCUCCAUGAGGCAAGAGCCAAGGGGGGGCGCAGCAGCCGUGUCACGCGUGAUGAGCAGAGCUACAAUGCUAACACGGGGUUUCCCGAUGCAGGGGCUCGCCCCCCCCUCCAUGAGGCAAGAGCCAGGGGGGGGCGCAGCAGCAGCCGGGUCACGUGUGGUGAGCAGUCCCGUACUUAUGACGUCGGACCUGCAGAACACGUGACCGCCCUCGGCGCUCACGAUUUCUACGACAUCUGGAAGGAGCAGGGCUUACUGUCAGAUGUUUGGCUGGAGAAAACUCUGCGCAGAGGUUACGCUCUGCAAUUUUUCCGAAAGCCACCACCAUUCCGAGGCGUACGGGCAGUACGCUCUCAGGUACGGGGAUCGACAGAGGCACUGGAAGCAGAGGUCUCCUCCCUGCUGAGUCGAGGCGCAGCAGUGGAGGUAGACCCGCAGGACGCCACCAGGGGGCUGUACUCCCCUUACUUUCUGGUGCCAAAGAAAUCAGGCGGGGUGCGUCCCAUUCUGGAUCUGCGCGUGUUAAACGAGUGCAUUUCCAAACGGCAGUUUCGGAUGCUGUCCACAAGGCAGCUCCUCGAGUGUGUCAGGGAAGGAGACUGGAUGACAUCCAUAGACCUGACAGACGCAUACUUCCACGUACCCAUAGUGCCAGAACACAGGAGAUUUCUGCGCUUCGCAGUGGGAGAGAGGAAUUACGAGUACUGCCGUCUCCCUUUCGGGUACGCUCUCGCGCCUCGCACUUUUUCCAAAUGUGUGGAAGCGGCUCUGGAGCCGAUCAGACGUGCCGGGCGUCUGGGCUUUGUGGUGAACAGGGAGAAGAGCAAGCUGCAGCCAGCCCAACGCAUGAUUUACCUCGGUCUGCAGCUAGACUCUGUGAUAUUCCGUGCUGCAUUGUCCGUGGACAGACGGACGAAUAUUACCCGUCUGGCCCGGGAGGUUCUGGCGGGCCCCAGAGUUCCCGCUCGGCGCCUCAGGUCCCUGCUGGGGAUGAUGGCAGCGGCUCAUGCUGUGGCUUCCCCCUCCCGGGACGGGGGGAGGCUGAUCUGGGUUCCCCAAGGGGCAGCAUCGGACAUCAGGUUCUGGCUCACUCCGGGUCUACUGCGGGACGGAGUGACUCUGGCCUGCGCUGUGUCUCACGCCGAGGUGUUCACGGACGCGUCGCUCGAAGGAUGGGGCGGGGUCCUCGGCCAGAGCUCUGUAGGAGGCUGCUGGUCGGACUCAGCCCGUCACAUCAACCUGCUGGAGAUGGAGGCAGUGCACAGAGUACUGCUGCACUUUGCCCCUCAGCUGCAGGGGAGACACGUGAUGGUGCGCUCAGACAACACCACAGUGGUCUCCUAUCUGAACAGGCAGGGGGGCACCAGGUCCCCCGCUCUCCAUCGCAUGGCGACGGUGACGCUGCUGUGGGCGGCGCUUCACCUCCUGUCUCUCAGGGCGCGCCCACGUCCCGGGGGUCCGGAACGUGGGAGCCGACAGGAUGUCCAGGGGGGGCCCACUCCAGGACGAGUGGGGCCUGGCCCCACGGGUAGCCGCGGAGAUCUGGCGGAGGUUCGGUCGUCCAGUAGUCGACCUUUUCGCCAGUGCAGAGAACGCACAGUGCCCGUCCUGGUUCGCCUUAAGGGCCGCGGACGAGCCGCCUUUAGGCGUGGACGCUCUGGCUCAUUACCCAUGGCCAGGCGGCCUGUUGUACGCUUUUCCACCGGUGCGUCUCCUGCCGGUCCUACUGCGGAGGAUCGAACAGGAGAGGAGGUCGGUGAUUCUGGUGGCUCCGGACAGCCCGCAUGCCCGGUGGUUCCCCUUCCUGAGGGGCAUGGCGGUGAUGGAGCCCUGGGCCCUCCCGGACGAGCCGGGGGCUCUAGUCCAGGGGGCAGGAGCCCUGUUUUCACGUCCGAUAAUCGGCCGCAGGCUCUGGGUUUGGAGGUUGAGAGGCGGAGCCUCGUAGAUCUGGGUCUUCCCCCUGCGGUGGUGGAGACAAUUCAGGGAGCGAGGGCGCCGUCCACCGUGAGGGCCUACGCCACGAGGUGGAGGCUAUUCAGUGCCUGGUGCGAUUCCCGUUCCUGGGAUCCCAGGUUUUGCCCGCUGGAGGGGGUCCUGGGAUUCCUACAGGAGCUUUUCGACAAGGGGAGGGCUGUCGCUACCUUGGCGGUGUUUGCGGCAGCCAUUACUUCAGGUCACGACGGGUUCGGGGGGUUCACAGCCCGCUCUCACCCGUUGAUUAAACGUUUUCUGCGGGGGGCGCGCAGGAGGAGGCCCCCGCUCCAGAGAACGCCUCCGGUUUGGGACCUCAGGGUGGUCCUUAGGGGGCUGUCGGUCCAUGCGUCGUGCCUGUCCUUUGGAGAGGACGACGGCAUGGUGGAGUUGUGGCCCAAUCCGGCUUUUCUCCCCAAGGUCAUCACGUCGGCCUUUAGGUCGAGAGUGAUCAGGAUUAGGGCUUUCCACCCGCCGCCGCAUGCCUCCCCCGAGGAGGAGCGGCAGCACCUUCUGUGUCCUAUCAGAAUGCUGAGGCAUUACCUGGCCAUGACGUCGUCAUUCAGGUCGGGUGAUCAGCUGUUUGUGUGUCUGGGCCCCAAGAACAGGGGCGCCCCGCUGUCGGCUCAGCGGCUGGCGCAUUGGGUCGCCACGGCGGUGCGACGGGCGUAUCAGGCGCAGGGCCUGGCCCCCCCGGUGGGUUUCAGGUCGCAUUCCACGCGUGGGAUGGCGGCCUCUACGGCCCUUCUCAGGGGGGCGUCGGUCGAGGACGUUUGCCGUGCGGCUUCUUGGGCGUCGUCCUCCUCUUUCGUCCGGUCUUAUCUUUCGGAUGUGUCGGACCGGUCGGUGGCCCAUUCCGUGCUGAGUGCAGCGGAUUGA